CCUUGGAUGCAGCUUAUCCGUUUUCUCAACAACUUAAUCAGACUUCCUGGCGCUGAGAGUUCAAACUGGACCUCCGAGUUCCCACAUGAGCGUCGAGAUGGCUCUGAACAUUGCCCAGAAGAUUUUCUUUCGAGAGGUCAGAUAUGGAGCCACUCAUAUUGGCCCGCUGAUUGGUUUGACGACGUUAGGAGCAAUUUGGACCCAGAGCUUUCAUGUGCAGCACGGCUGAAAAAAAUAAGAAUUCAAAGGAUACUGUGGUUGGGAGUGAAGAUUGCGCGUGUAAGUCCA